CGUCAGCAACGGAACUGCUCAGACUUUCAUUACGCUUUUUUUGCUCCGACGUGACGACCGAUAUAAAGCGAUGAGCUCUCCGCUCGUGUAUGUGCCGACGCAGGUGCGCGACGCGUGGUUCCAGAAGCUCCGCUCGUCCGUGGCCAAUAAGGGAUGUUUUGACUGCAACAAGCGCCAUCCUACGUGGGCCACGGUCACGUACGGCGUCUUUAUAUGCUUGGACUGCUCGGGAUACCAUCGCCGUCUUGGUGUACACCUGUCGUUCGUGCGCUCUAUCGACAUGGAUGAGUGGACUGAGGAUCAGCUCAAGACCAUGAGUGAGGGUGGGAAUGCUGAAGCUCGCAAAUUCUUCAAGCAGUAUGGUGCCGCGGAGAUGACCAGUAUUGAGGCUAAGUACAAUUCUAAGGCGGCACAGUUGUACAAGAUCGCACUGGCCAAGAAGGUUAAGGCGUCCAAGCUGCAGAUUGUCGCCCCAGUAGCAGAGGAGGAGACUCACGACAAUGAUAUUGAUGGUCUUGAAGCGCUAGUGAAGCAUGUGGAGAUCAAGAGCGAGGCAAAUAACGCCGCUGCGGUGCAUGGCCACUUGCAGCGUGAGGUUCCUACUACAACUCCUGCUGUGAUGAAGCCGUCUCCGGCAGCGUCUACCCAGCCGUCGGGGUUGUUGAGUGUCAACCGUCCAGUAGUACUACUAGGAGCGAAGGCUGGCGAGGCGACGAAGCCGGCCACUACGAGUACUACACGACUGAACACACAGAGCAAGGUAAAACCUAUAGGACUGAACUAUUUUUUUGUGUUAAGUGUGCUAAAUCGUCGUGGCUUUGCGAAGGCUACUCGUCUCGGAGCCACGAAGCUGUCUACUGGUGGCAAGGCAACGCGUCUCGGUGCGACAAAGCUCUCUACCGGUGAUGACUUUGACUUUGACGACAUCCCGUUCGAGGUGGGUAAAGCAUUGGAGUUGUUGACUGGCAGUUCUCUCAAUAGACCAAUCUUGGUUGCUUAUUCACGUAGAACCCUCCUCCGCCUCCUCCUACCGCUGAGGAGCUCUCAACUGAGAAGCAGAUUAAGGAUGAUGAGGCUCUGGCACGAGCGCUACAGGAGGCUGAAGAGGAACGCACAUCAGCUGUAGCCACACCCGCGCCGGCAACGUAUCAGCCCGCUCCGGUCCAAACGCAAACGUUGGACAAAUACAAGAAUGCCAAGUCUAUUUCUUCCGAUAACUUCUUCGGUGGCGAGGCGGUGCAGGCAGACAGCACGCACCUGGCAAGAUUCCAGGGCUCGCAGUCGAUCUCGAGCGAUGCCUUUUAUGGCAACAACUCGCGUGGUCGAUCAGCGUCCGGAGAGCUGACUGACGAAGCUGCGUACCAGUUGCAGCUGAUGAAGGACAACAUGGCUAACAAGGCGGCCAAGCUGAAAAACAUGACGAGCGGCUUUUUCAACGAUCUGCAGACCCGCUACUCAUAGGCAGCAACAGUCAAGCUGUAGCCAUGUUGAAUCGAUCCACGUGGCAGCACUCAAGAACCUGUGCACAGUUAAUAUAGCCGGAUAGCUGAAGACGACUCAUUAUUUCUACUUGGAAAUUGUAUGGAUGUCAAAAUAUAGCACGCAUACCUCUUUACCCCGA